AUGGGGAGCACAACCACCACCCCCAAAGACUUCACCGUCACAAUAGUCGGCGGCGGAAUCGGCGGUCUCACCCUGGCCGCAGGCCUUCUACGCCGCAACGUCCGCGUGCAAAUCUACGAAGCCGCGCCUGCAUUCGCAGAAAUAGGCCUCGGCCUCUCCAUCGGCCCAGCCGCCCACCGCGCCAUGCCCCUCAUUGACCCGCAGAUUCGCGAAAUCUACGACUCGCUGGUGACCACGCACGCGGAUAGCCCCGGGUACGAGAAGUACCGGCAAACCUGGUUUGAGAUUCUCUGGGCGAGCGGGGAGAAAGAGGGCGAGUUGUUGAUGGAUUUGAAGGCGUUGCCGUCCGGGCAGACGACGCUGCGACGGGCGAAUUUUCUGGAUGCGCUGGUUGGAUUGGUUCCGCCGGAGAUUGUGCAUUUUGGGAAGCGGUUGGAGAGAUUGACUGAGAGUGGGGAGGGGGUGGAGUUGGUGUUUGAUGAUGGGUCGGCUGUGAUGGCGGAUGUUGUUGUGGGUUGUGAUGGGAUCAAGUCGAAGGUGAAGGAGUCGAUGCUACCGGAGGAAUCUAAGGUGACCCAGCCAAGGUAUAGCGGUAUGUAUGGAUAUCGGGCUGUGUUGGAUAUGGAGGAUAUGAUUAAGGCGGUUGGGGAACAGCGCGCAAGGGUGUCUACGAUGUAUAUUGGGGAUGGUGCUUAUGGGAUAUCAUACCCCAUCAUGCGGGCUCAGAAGGUGAAUGUGGGAUUUUAUAUUCUCAGCGAGAAGUGGGAUUGUGAUACUUGGGUGAGGCCUGCGAAGAGGGAGGAUAUGGAGCGUGAUGCGAGCAAUAUGGGCCGAUAUGUGCAGUCUCUCAUUGAGCAUAUGCCCGAUCCGUCUCAAUGGGCUAUCUUCGAGCAUCCCCCAAUCUCCACAUUCUGUCGCUCUCGAGUCGCCAUCCUGGGAGACGCUGCCCAUGCUUCAACUCCUCACCAAGGCGCAGGCGCAGGACAAGCGAUAGAAGAUGCACACGUUCUGGCAGAGCUACUUGGUGAUUCCAGAGUGAAUACAGCCCAUGAUGUUGUUGCUGCUUUCAAGGCAUAUGAUGAGAUCCGGCGCCCUCGAAGUCAGAGGGUUGUCACGAGUAGCAAGGAGAAUGCCUAUCUUCUCUGUCUCUGUUUGGACGGAGUUGGGGACGAUGAAACAAAGCUUAAGGAGACCUUUCAGUCUCGACUGCGCUGGCUUUGGGAUUUGGAUAUUGAGGAACAGGCUGAGCGGGCGAAGCAGAGUAUGCUUAAGCACUUGGAGCUUAGAAGAGACGGACCGUAA